AUGUCCUCAUAUGUUGUUUCGUUCUCUCCUUCAGAUUACCACUACAGAUUCACAGUCCAGUACAACCUCGACACUCUUCCCUCGGAGCAGCUGAUCAGAGCCUCGUUCAUCCACCUCCGCUCUUCCUCUCCCUCCUCUCCCUCCUCCUCCUCUUCCUCCUCCACUCCCCGGGCCUCUGAGCCUCUGCGCUGCAGGGCUCAGAUCACCUCGCUGGGCAAAGAGAGCGUUGUGACCCUGGAGCCCCACGAAAGAUGGUCUGAAACCGACAUCACCGCUCACCUGCAGCAGAGGAAACAAAAUGGCACCGGGGGUCACCUCACCCUCACCGCCCGGUACUGGUGCACCGAGCCUUGGAAGGAAGACGGCAGGUACUCGUCGUGGUGGCUGAGUCUUCGAGGGGGGAAAAGAUGGCGAGGAGCGCUUCAGCUGGAUGUCCCGGCUCUUCUUUUGUACCUGGAGCAGGAGCGGGAUGUGAGGGAUUACCUGUUUGAGGCAAAAGGUGAAGAAGUCAUGAAGCGACUGCAUCACUCUCAUCCUUCUUUCAUCCGCCAACGACGAUCCAAAGAACUCCCGUCUUCAGACACGUCAGUGGAUGUCCUGAAGAACUCCCAAACGUCCUCCUCGUCUUUCUCCAACGCCCCUUCGUCCUCCGCCGACUUCCCCAACGAGAAACGUAAAACCAGCAUGCCGAAGAACCACUGCAAGCUGCACUCGUUCCGCCUGUCCUUCGAUGAGCUCGGUUGGAGGAACUAUAUCGCGCCGCCGGUGUACAACCCGCGUUUCUGCCAGGGAAACUGCCCAAGGUUACUGACGUACGGCUUCCAGUCCCCGAGACACGCCAUCAUCCAGACCAUCAUCAACGACCAGGGCGUGGGGGAUUUACCGCCUUUAUCCUGCGUGCCUUUUAAGUACAUGCCCAUUAGCGUGUUGGUGGUGGAGAAGAAGAUUGUGGAGUACAAGGAGCUGGAGGACAUGGUGGCCGAGUCGUGCACAUGUCGCUGAACACUCGCACUGAAAGACUACAAGAAGGGAGGGCAGAUUUGGCGGGUCAGUCUUUGAUCUACUAACCAUAAUGAGCUCGAGACUGAAGCAGGAAGUCGUUGUGGUUUCAGAUCUUCCCCGUCCCUGUGAAAGCACUUUAAAAAGAAGAAGAAGAAGAAGUAGCCGCGAGAGGAUUUACUGGUGUUCCUUUUGUUCUGAAGAGCACUGGGAAGAGUUGUGAAUGUGCUGUUUGCAAUAUUUAUAAUGUCACUUAUGUAUUUUUCCUAGGGAGCUGGUGAAUGUGGAAGCAUUUUAAGCUACUUGAGUGUAAUUUAACAUGCUAAACCUAACUUCCAGGGUAAUCUGAUACAAUUGAUUAAACAUCAGGGAUACCUAUUUUAAGAAAAAUGAUCCAUCUUCAAUGUCUAACCUCAAACCACGUAAUCAGCCAUGUAAUGAUUUUGUUUUUCUUGUGACUGUUUAUAUAUUCGUCUGUUGUUCUUCUGUAUCGUUCUUUUACAAAACCUGAUCUGUGUUUCUUCUUCAGAGCCAGAUUCUCCCAAAAAAAUAGUGUAAAAAACAUUUCUGGAUAUAAUGUGAUGGCAAUGAUUGAGGCCGCUGAGUUUAUACGCUAUAAAAAAGUAUUUUAAAGGACAAAGUUACCGUUAAGGCCUUGCGACGUCGCACUUUUGCUGUUUACAGUCAGAACUUUUCCAUUUUGUAUGUAUUUAUAAACUUAAAAAAAGGCUGUUAUUGGCUGAACUGCCUUAGAAAAAAAAAAACAUAAAAUUAAGGAUUAAGAAAAUAUAACUGUUGAAUGUUAAGAACGAUGAACGGUAAUGUUGGAGUGGAAAGGAAUGCAAUUUUUAUUACCAGUGAAUAUGAAUUAUGAAAUAAAAUGCAUGUUUU